AGGCUCUUUUCCUUUUGCAAAGAGCCUGAAGAAUUCUCCCUCCCUGACCUCUCUUCCCUUUCGGUAUUGUUGCUGCUGGUUCCCCUUUAGCUGGAAUCUCUCUGCUGAGCAGGGGAGGGGAAUGACAUCAGAGGCAAGGAGGUGUGGGGGGGUGCCCCAUUCCCCAAUUGGCCACCAAGCAAAAACCAUGGGCCUAUAAAACUUGCCAAGGGACUAGCAUCCUCCAAUGAGACAGUGACUCCACAGAUUACCCUAGCUGCUGAGAAGGGACCACAGGAGACCGGCAGCCUUGCUCACUCCUGCACUGAACAGCUGCAGCUAUAAGCCAUCAGGGCAUACAUUAGCUCUGCUUUAACGCUAACCGAGCCCAGCAUGACUUCUGCCAGGAGCUUGCAUGUGAACACCCCCCUGAGGGACAGCGUCCCGCUCUCCAAGGUGGCUGGCACCAAUGUCUACCUGAAGCUGGACAAUGCUCAGCCCACGGGCUCCUUUAAAAUCCGGGGCAUCGGCCACCUCUGUAAAACGUGGGCGGAAAGAGGCUGUGAACGCUUCGUAUGCUCCUCAGGUGGCAAUGCUGGCCUGGCAGCUGCCUACUCUGCCAGGAAACUGGGCAUCCCAGCCACCAUCCUCGUGCCCACGUCCACGCCAGCUUUCACCAUCGAGCGGCUGAAGGACGAGGGGGCCACUGUCUGCAUUGUGGGAGAGAUGCUGGAUGAGACCAUAGAACAAGCCAAGGAGCUGGUGAAGAACAACCCUGGCUGGGUCUAUGUGCCCCCUUUCGAUGAUCCCCUCAUCUGGGAAGGCCACACGUCCAUAGUGAAGGAGCUGAAGGAACACUUGGACUCCAAGCCUGGGGCGCUGGCCCUGUCUGUGGGAGGCGGCGGGAUGCUGUGCGGAGUGGUCCAGGGUCUCCGUGAGGUGGGCUGGGAGGAUGUGCCCAUUGUUGCCAUGGAGACCAAAGGGGCGCACAGCCUGAAUGCUGCCAUGGCUGCUGGACAGCUGGUGACACUGCCAGAAAUCACCAGCGUCGCAAAGACACUUGGGGCAAAGACGGUGGGAGCGGAGACGUUGAAGCUGGCCCGAGAGCACCCAGUCUUCUCAGAGGUUGUCACGGACCAGGAGGCAGUCAUGGCCAUCGAAAAAUUUGUGGACGAUGAGAAGAUCCUGGUGGAGCCAGCCUGUGGGGCGGCGCUGGCUGCCGUCUACAGCGGCGUGGUGCAGAAGCUGCAGACAGAGGGGAAACUGGGCCAUGCCCUGGGCUCCCUGGUGAUCAUCGUGUGUGGGGGCAACAACAUCACGCUGGCCCAGCUGCAGCGCCUCAAGGAGCAGCUGGGCAUCCAGAACGUCAUGGCGGCCUAGGCUGGCAAGGCACCACCCGGGGGGGGGGGGGGGGAAGGGAGGAAGAGCUCUGGAGUUUUAUCCAGGGCCUUAUUUUAAGUGUGGGAUGCUGGUUUUAACAGUCUGCACAUCAGCAACGAUGCGCAUUUCUAACUUGUGGUCACGUCACGUUGCCUCAAACGCUGGAUCACACAGGCUGAGGCUAAAUCUAGGACUCCCAACCUGCCUACAACUUCCAGGCAUGGGUUCGUCACCAGCCAGUGGGCAGGAAGGCUCUCCCCCAAGGCACACACCUCCACACAACGCUGUGCAUUAUUAUCAACAUCAGUUCCAGCAGCCCCUUCAGGCCUGCCCUGAGAUCAGGGCCCCGUUGUGCCAGGUACUGCACAGACGCGCAGCGAGAGACAGACCAAUCUAGCCCGACAAAGGACGGGAAAGAGGCCCGGAGAGAGGAAGUGACGUUGUCCAAGGUCACACAGCUGAGUCAGGCAUAAACCCAGGUCUCCUAGCUCCUUAUCCACUGCCCUGAUCACCAGGCCAUGCUGUGUAACUGACACCUUCUGCAACACCGGGGCAUGUUUAGUCUGAAGACUUGGGGGGAGUCGGGGACCUGAUCGCAGUCUUCAGGUAUGUUCAGCACCAUUAUAAAAGGCUGUGAUCACUGUUCGUGUCCACUGGCAGUAGGACAAGAAGAACUGGGCUUAAUCUGCAGGAAGGGAGAUUUAGGUUAAAUAUUAGGAAAGACUUUCUAACUCUAAGGACAGUUAAGCUCUGGAAUAGGCUUCCAGUAGAGGCUUUUAAGGCAGGUUGGAUGAACACCACUCAGGGGUGGGCUAGGUUUACUUGGUCCUGACUCAGAGCAGGGGGCUGGGCUCAAGGUCCCAUCCCACCAUAGAUCUGAGAGAUUCUCAGAGGUGAGCUCCUAGCCCUGGAUGGACUGUAGCUCUGUUUCGGCAUAGCCAAGAGACAGGUUACCAAACUAGAACAGCUGCUGGGUUGGUCUGGUCUGGCCUGCAUCAGUGGGCUGAUCCUUACCUUGAUGAAAGCUUGAGCUGGUGUAAAAUACCACUGGAAUUCCUCGCCUAGUGGUUGCACAGCCCAUGCCUUCUGGGGAGGUCCCUUGUGCCCUCUGGUUUAGCAUCCCUGUCUCACCAGCCUGGACCUCUCCGCACGCGGGCAGAGAGCAGGCGGGGCCAACCUCUCUGGAGCUCGAUCUGUCACUUCACUGCCUACGCUGCAGGCGUCGGGGAAGGUUUUGUGUAACGUGAGAUUAGUCGGAGGCGUGAGUAUUGGAUGUUGUAGCCAGAAUUCAGCACGCCCUAACAUGCUGGCUUUUCUAAUAGUGUCCACUAUUUAACUUUUUGCACGUAAAAAAAAUUCAGUAUUUCUAUAAGGCUGCGUCUCUCGUUUGUUUCCAGACGAAGCUGCACGGCCAUUUUCUGCCCUGGUUGCAAGGCUGCCCCAGUGUCACCAUCUUGUGAUUUUAUCUCACCUUUACUACUUGGAAAACCUGAGCGCCUCAUAAUACCCCUCUGAAGCAGGGCAGGGCUGUUACCCCAUUGUACACAUAAAGCUCUGAGACAGAGAAAGAUAAAUGACUUGCCCAAGGUCAUCCAGAAAGUCUGUGGCAGAGCAAGAAAUGGAACUCAGAUUGCUAGCAGAUACCCUAACCCCUGGAGCACCCUCCCUCUCUGCUGUGGAAAUGUAACAACUCUUUUCCGUAGGGUUUGAAUCCAGAAACUUUUGUACCAAAGCACAGGCCCCUGCCACUUGAGUUAAGGGAGUAGCUCCAUUAGCUGUCGGCAGUAGUAGGUUUUUAUCCUCUAAGUCAGUGGUUCCCCACUUUUGCAGCCUGAAGGCUGAACAUAUUGUGACACACAAGGUCAAGGGACCAUAGUUUAUCAUUUGGGGGGUAAUUCUGGGUCCUGAUCUGCACCUUUUGUGCUGCUCCGGUGGGACAAAGGGAAGAGAAGUCCAAUUUCCCCCCCACCCCCACUGUAAGACAGUCCCCAUUGGCACAGAGCCAGCGUAGCUGGCUCCUCUACUUCCCUCUUUGCAAGUCCUGCAAUGUUAGGGGGAGUGGCUGGUUUCUGGCUGUCUCCAGCUGGCAUGUGAACAAGACACACACAUCUAGAUUCUUGAUGAGAAAAACACCAGGAGGAAACAAACAGCAUAAAUAAGAGCCAAGACAUGUUAGCAAUCCCAUUGAUUUGAUGGCAUUACUGAUACUAAGAUUAGCACGGAUCUGUAAAGGAGGGUUUUUUAAGAGCCCUAUGAUCUUUCCCUUUUUAAUCCCCUUGAAAUCAACCCAUUCUGCUCAGUCAAACAGAGAUGUCUGUCUGGGAACGCUGGGUGAUGUCUUUGAAACUGCUAUCCCUGUGCUGGGCUCUUAUGGCUAAGGUGAAAAUUGUCCUGUCCUCUUUCCAUUCUAUGUUUUCAAGAAUCGGGGAGGGGGGGGAAUUCCUUCUAGAGAGGAAAGAGAUUGACGAGCUCUCUGUGACCCCACCUCUCUCCCCCUUCUCUUGCUCAGCUGCUGCUGGAUUUGAAAGCAGGCACUGAGAUUCCUCAUCUACCCUACAUCCAUUCUGCCACAGACUGGCCCACGAAGGAGUUCUCUGCAGAGGUCUCUUGGGGUUUCCAGAAGAGGAAACUGUAUUGACAUGCCAUUUGGGUGGACAGCAAUGGACUCUCAUGGCAUUAGUGUAAGCUGAUGCCAUUGGGUGGGUUGUCAGCACGGGGGUUGAACCUGUGACUUUGGAAUCCAAAAACAGGGGUUUCUAGUGCCAGAUCAGCGAGGGGCUGUACAGAUAAAUAUGUUACACAUUGUAAGGUGCUCAAGUAACUGGCCCCCCUCACCAUGCGAAGUACUAUACUUUGCUUCAGCGAUUAUACGGGAUUAUUGUGAACAUCUAGUCAGACCUCCUGUAUAACAGGCCACGGGUUGCUCUUGAAUUAAUUCCUGUUUGAACGAAGGUAAUCUUUAGAAAAAACAUCUCAUCUUGAUUUGAAAAAAACUCCAGGGAUGGAGAAUCCACCACAACACAUGGUAAAUUGAUCUCCGUGUUAAAAAACUGCCCCUCAUUUCUUGCCUGAAGUUCUCUAACUUCAGCUUCCAGUCAUUGGAGCUUGUUACGCCUUUGUCCGCUAGCCUGAGGAGUCCUCUAGCUACUGUCGAGUUUCUUUUCCCUGUAUAGAUACUCUGGAUAGAUACGUAGACAGACAGGGAGUCUGAACAAACGCUCGCUCAGCUGGGGUGUCCUUCACCCCCCACCCAGCCUGAAGGGCUGACCAAGGCGAGACCAUUGAAGGGUGAGAAAUAAAGCAGGGUAGAAAACGCAAGUUAUUUUGCCAAAACACCAAAAAAGUCCCUUGUUUUCUUAAUGGGCCCAUGCAAAUUUUUCAGUUAAAAAAACAAACAAACAAACCCUGAAAACAUUUCAAUUUUCU